AUGGGGACUAAGCCGUGGCUUGUAAGAGGCGAUUUCAAUGUUGUAGCUGCUGCUGAUGAAUAUGCCGGACAGGCUGUACAAGACUUGACCGCAAUGGCUGAGUUUGCUGAAUGUAUAUCUGCAUGUGGUCUCAAAGAGAUUCCCUUCUCGGGCAGUCGUUACACUUGGACUGGUAUCCGCCAAGGCAGGAGAAUCUGGAAGCGUUUAGAUAGACUCCUGAUGAAUCUGGAAUGGCAACGUCGUUUCUCUGGCAGCGUAGUGAAACAUCUUAAUCGUGCUACCUCAGACCAUAGCCCACAGUUAUUGCAACUCUCCCCAGGGCUCCCCACUGGGCCGAAGUCGUUUCGCUUCCAAGACAUGUGGUUAAAUCACCACGGUUUCCUCAUGGUGGUUCGCCAGUGCUGGGAUCAACCGACAGAUGGAUAUGGAAUGUUUCAUUUUUUCCUCAAAUUGAAACGUUUAAAGCAAGCCUUGCGUACUUGGAACCAAGAUGUAUUUGGUAAUAUUUUUGAGAAAGUCUCCAAAGCUGAGGAGGAAGUAAGGCUAAAGGAGUUGCAACUUGAGGUGACAGAUUCGGAUGAGGCUCGAGUGCAAUGGAGUCAGGCCCAGGCUGCACUGCUAAAACACCUAACUGAUGAGGAAACUUUCUGGAAACAGAAAGCCAGAGUGAAGUGGCUGAGGGAGGGCGACGCAAAUACUCGGUAUUUUCACUCCCACCUGUUGGAUAAGCGGGCACGGCUCUCGAUCACCAGGAUCUGCAAUUUAGAGGGUGAGGUUGUUGAAAGUGCAGAUGACAUUGGGACAAGCGGCAGUGGUUUUCUUUCAAUCGCUGUUAGCGGAGGUUCCACCAAUAAACAACACUGGUAUUUGUAG